CUCCAGCCCACUCUACCUCCGUGAUCCCCCUAGCUUUCUGUCAACCUUGCUUCUGGUCUGACUGCUUAGGCAAGUGGGAAGUGAUCAGACGCUCAAAGUUCUCUCCCAGAGCUCAGUGGAUUACCGAUCCUUCUGCACCUUUAGCCCCACGCUUUUGUCUUUGGGUCCCCGAUCGGCACCAACGCUAUUUCUCGCUCGUGACCGAGGAUCUACAGCACGGCCAAUAUGUUCGCAAGCAAGCGCUUAAGCAAGGAGCUCCUGAAGCUGAAAGACCACAUACCACCGGGAAUCUCGAUUGCCAAAUCCGACAACCUAGAAGAGUGGCAGAUGGAUAUCAAAGUCCUCGACGACAACCCGAUCUACAAGGGCCAUACCUAUCGGUUGAAAUUUACCUUUUCAAGCAAAUACCCGAUCGAACCGCCAGAGGUCCAAUUCAUCGAACUACCCACGACGUCCGACACCCCUCGGCCUAUCCCCAUGCACCCCCACAUAUACAGCAACGGCAUUAUCUGCCUCGACCUCCUCAGUUCCUCCGGCUGGUCCCCCGUUCAAACCGUUGAAAGCGUGUGUAUGAGUAUUCAGAGCAUGUUGACCGCAAACUCGCGUAACGAGCGGCCCCCGGGUGACAGCGAGUUUGUGGCGUAUAACCGUCGGCGGAUUCGAGAUAUCCCAUUCGUUUAUGAGGAUGAUAAUGUUUGACGUUGGAUGUCGGUGAAUUGAAACGUGAGCUGCGCUUUCGAGGUAGCUGUCGCAUUUGGAUCGUGCUGAUCAUGAUGGGAAUCUUUUUUCUUGGUGCUUUUCGCAUUGUCUCGGGAGUUGGCCCGUACUUUGAGACAUGGAGUCAAUGGCGGGUUUAUGGAGUUUUUGGUGCUUCUUUUAGCGAGUUGUAGUGGUUUCCUUGCGCAUUAUUCAGAAUUUUGAGGUUUUCACAUUCGCGACGAUAAAUCUCGUAUGAAUUGAACCUGGAUAUGGUUUCGU